AUGAGCUCCUCUGAACAAGAAAACUCCCUCAGAAGGAAUUCGUCGGUAACUGGGAGUUCAAAACCAAGUCUGUAUAAGACUAUAUCCAAGGCCUCGUUGCUAAAGGGCAAACAGCCGGUAAUUGCUGCUAGAACACAUGAUAUAGGUGAUAUUCCUGCUCCAGGUGGGGAAGGGUAUGUUGGUUCUGUUCCUGUUGAGAAGCUUGCUUCUCAGCAGAGGAAAAGCCAUUUAGUUUCUAGGAAAUUAAAUAGAGUGGAUACUUCCUUGGACCCAAAAUACAAGGAACUGUCUACUGUCUCCAAAACAGAAAUUGAACAGAUUAAAAGUGAACUGAGUGAGUAUAGAAAAGAUAACUUAUUUCCUUGGGAUCAUGUUGCCGAGUUUUUUCCAAGUUCAGCUUCUGCACCAACCGCUGCAAACUCAAGAGCUAUUAAGGAUUUCAUUAUUGAAAACUUUUAUAACGAUUGGUAUUUCAACUCAGUUCUUAUCUCGUGUACUUGCUUUUAUUCGUGGUUAUUAGCCUAUAUGGGCUUUUCGUGGUUUGCACUUAUUUUUAUCUUCAUUUGUACCGCCACCAAUUACAAUUUCGAAUACACAAGAUUCAAUAGAAAUAUAAGAGAUGAUUUAAAGAGAACAACUGUUCACGAGACUCUAUCUUCGAAGACUGAGACAACUUUAUGGCUAAAUUCUUUUUUGCAAAAGUUUUGGGUCAUAUAUAUGCCCGUAUUGUCGCAACAAGUAUUUGAUCAAGUUAAUCCAAUCUUAGACGAAUCUGCACCAGGUUACGGUAUCGAUGCUCUAGCUCUGGAACACUUCACCUUAGGUUCCAAAGCCCCUUCAAUUAGAGGUGUCAGAACACAUACCAAGGGUGGUAAAAAUUUUGCUGAAGUUGAAAUGGCUUUUGCAUUUACUCCAAACGAUGAAUCAGAAAUGACUCCAAAGGAAGCCAAAGAAAAGAUAAACCCAAAAAUUUCUCUAGGUAUUACAUUAGGUAAAGGUUUCGUAUCCAAAACUAUGAGCGUGAUCGUUGAAAACAUCAAUGUGUCUGGUAGAAUUCGUUUAGUUGCUGAAUUUGGAGAUAUUUUCCCGAAUAUUAAGAUUGUAUCUGUUCAGUUAUUGGAAGCCCCAAUGAUGGAUUUUGUCUUGAAGCCUGUUGGUGGUGAUACCUUAGGUCUCGAUGUGAUGUCCUUCUUACCAGGUUUAAAAUCUUUUGUGAAAUCAAUGAUCAACUCUAAUAUUGGUCCAAUGUUAAUUGCUCCAAAUAAAAUGGAUAUUGAUGUUGAGGAUCUAUUAGCUGCACAAUCCAAUGACGCAAUCGGUAUGUUAGCCGUUAAAGUAACAUCUGCCUCGAAUUUAAAAAGCUCCGAACGUAUUGGCAAUUCUAUCGAUCCUUAUGUUGUUAUAUCCACUGAGAAUGAAGUCCAAGGCAACUCAACUGAAGUCAGAACAUCUGUUAAGUCAGAUGUCAAGAAUCCACGUUGGAAUGAAACUAAAUACAUUUUGGUUAAUACGUUAAAUCAAAAAUUGACACUAAAAUGUUUUGAUUUCAAUGAUGUCCGUAAGGACACCCUGAUAGGUAGUACCGAGAUUGAUUUAAAAGAAUUACUUCAAGAGCCUAUUAUGGAAAGCUUAUCGUCAGAAUUGACACUAGGUACCUAUACGAGGGGUGCAAUAGAAUAUUCUUUGUACUGGUACCCAACUAUUGACACAAAAGCUGUUCCUUCAGAGUCCGAAAAUGUUUCUUCCGGUUUGGAAACUGAUUUGGAAGAUGAAAUUGAGCAAACAACAAAUUCUGAUGUCGGUAUCGCAAAGAUUACCUUACAAAAUAUCAAAGAGUUGAAUACAUCUAUUGCACUGGGCGGUAUCAUCUCUCCAUCUGCUGAAUUUUUCAUCGACGGUAAACUGGUCAAGACUUACAGAACUAUCAAGAAGAACAGAGAACCAGCAUGGAAUGAAACUAUCGAAGUAUUUAUCCCUUCCAUGUCCUCCUCAAAGGUACAAAUGAAGGUAUUCCAUAAUGUUUCAAAAUCUAAAAAGCUAUUAAUAGCAUCCAAAACAUGUGCUUUUGAAGAAUUGUUGAAUAUAUCUGCUGUCGGUACUAAUUAUAUGAGUUUAGAUCCUCAAGGAAUAGCAUUCUUCACUACUCAAUGGAAACCCUUAUGUGUGUCUGACGAGUUUUCCGUUAUGAAAACCUAUCAAAAACCAAUCGGUUCUCUAAUUAUUGAAGUAAGUGAUACUAACAUAAAAACAGAAUUACAAGGUGUCGGCGAUAUUGAUCCAUUUUUUACAAUAUCGAUUAACCACAAACUAAGUUAUAAGUCAAAAUAUGUUUCUGAUACUAAGCACGCAGUGUUUAAUGAAAAUAUUUAUCUUCCAUAUAACAAUAAAAAUCAAUUGGUCACUAUUGCAGUUUAUGAUUAUCAAAGUGUAGGUAAGAACAGGCUAAUUGGUUCUUUACAAUGCACGGUUGGAGAAAUAAUUUCAUCAAUUAAUGUUUCAGGUAAUUCACAAAACGGGCCCGACUUUAGUGAGGUAAACACCUGGCCAUUGAAGAGUGAAACCAAUAAAUUAACUGGAAGCACCAUUAACUUGAGAUUUGGACAUGUUCCAUUAACUCCUGUAUUCACGCCAGAUGAAGCUAUUCAAAUUAAAGAACUUAAGAAGAGUUUAGAUGAGAAGAAAGAAGAAUUCCAAAAAGAACAAGCCAACUUUAAAUUAGAAAUGGAGAAAAACCCUGAUUAUUGGGAGGUGGAUGAAAUAAAGGAUCCAUUUGAAGAUGAAGAAAAAAUUAUUAACGCGAAGAAUAUGUUAACAUUAGAUCAAUUAUUAUCAUCGUCAAGUGGUAUGCUGAAUGUGGAAAUCGUCUCCGGAUUUAUUAAGAAGCCAAACGGAUAUCUACAAAUUUUAUUUGAUGAUAUUUAUUUUCCAUCCAUAACUUCAGCCAUGGCGAAAAAUGGAAAAUUAGCAAAUGAAAGAGGCAAUGCUUUCAUCCGUGAUUUAGAAGCUAGUAAAAUGUACUUAAGAGUUUCGAAGAAGCAUAUUGCUAAGGAUACCGAGGAUAUUAUCACUGAAGCACGUUUCAAUACAAUUGAUAUAUUGAAGAAAUCUUACUGCAAGCCUCUUGAGUUAAACUUUGAAGGAUGUACUAUCUCUUUGAAGACAAUAUUUGAGCCUGCCUCUGUUAAAUUGCCAAAAUGUGAGACGAUCAUAAAUACAGGCUAUUUGAAUUUAAACCUUAUAUCAGCAAAAGAUUUAUUAGCAGCUGACAGAAACGGUAAGUCUGAUCCUUAUGUAGAUGUUGUUGUCAAUGGCAUUACAGUUUAUACUAGUAAAACAGUCAAGAAGAGUUUAUCACCAACAUGGAAUGAGCGUACUAAGGUUCCUAUACCUUCAAGAAAGUUUUCAGAAGUUAAACUUGAUGUUUAUGACUGGGAUCGCGCCGGUAACAAUGAUCCCUUGGGGUAUGUUAAGUUGGAUUUGGACAACCUUGAACCAGGUAAGGUUUAUAAUUGGGAUUUACCACUAAGUAAACAAGGUACCAUUCAAAUAUCCGCUAUAUUUGAACCAGAAUAUAUCAAACCAACCCUUGAUGCUAAACAAUCCAAAUUAAGUACCAUGCCUUUUAAAGUCGUAAGCAAUGUCGCUGGUGCUGGUGCUGGCGUUGCCGGUGCUGGAUUAGGUCUAGGCGUUGGUGGUAUCAAAGGUGGUGGUAGGUUAUUGAAGAAAGGUUUAGGUGGGGAUUUUGGUAGAAGAAAAUCAUCUGAUGUAGAGUCCAGAUCUAAUUCCAAUAAUGGUCUUUCCCCGCUAGAAGAAAACGAGACUCUUCCUAAUGGCACAUAUGCUCCGGUCCCAAGGAAUAACUAUGGUGAGACAGCCACGCAGACACCUGACAAUACAGGUUCUAACCAUACCAGGACUGAUUCCGUUGUUAGUAGUUCUGCUCGUACUUUAGCUCCGAACGGCAUAUAUAAUGGUAAAAUACAAAUUGUUGCUGCCGAGAAUUUGGGUAAACAUAUCGAUGUUAAAAUCUCAUUAGCCCAAAAUAGUAAACUAAAGCGUAUUUUCAAAUCGAAACCAAAAAAAGCAGAUGCUAAAGGAGUAGUCUACAUUAAUGAAAAUUGUGUAUUCAAGUCCUCUCCCGAUGCCACCUUGAUUUUUAAUGCUGUCUCUCACCAUACACUGGCAAAGGAUAAAGACUUAGGCAUUACUAAAUUAAAUCUAAGCGAUCCGCAAAUAAGCUCCACUGGAAACAUUGGUGUCAAGCUAGGCGAGGGUAUGAUAGUUGUUAAGAUCGAUUAUGGUGACGUUAACGAUAUUUCUACCGUUUCUGAAACAAAUCAAAGUCCAAGUACCUAUCAAGAGUCAUAA